GGGCAGCUUGAGAUUGUACUGUGAAGCAGCGGCCUCGUUUUUCAAUGUUUUUUUUUUUUUUUUGUAGAAUUAACUACCUGCGAUCGACAGGUCAUCUAAUCUUUAAAACAAUAUAACAAAACAUCCCAAAGCUAUGCGAGCCGGGAAGUGAUUUAUUCCCACAAAAAAAAACUGACGACAACGGAAGUGAGAACGAGGGCAAACACUUAGAAAAACACCAAACCAGCAUCUCCCCUUGUACAGAGUUUCUACGUCAGUGAGAGAGGCGUGAAUCCCCACCCCAGUGGUCCUAGGAUUUGAGCAGGGUAUUCUUUGGAAGAAAUAUAUUUUAUCUCUGCUCAAGUACUUUAGAGCGUUGUUUGAUGGUCUCGCUCCCAUUUUAUUGCUGACACAAGUACUAUUAUCAGCGUGGGGCUUAUAUUGUGUUUUAUUUUUCCUUGGUAAUGUUCGUAUGUUAUGGAUUGUAAACACCUCUAAAGGAAGCCGAAAACCCUCGUGGGUAGCUGUUUUGGACACUGCAUAUACCGAGGUGACGCGCUGUCCCUCUGGGUUCUAGAGCCACCCUCCCACCCCAAGUUGUGGACUCGGGACCCCAGUUCAGGAGGCGCUUGCAAACCAGUUGAUAGGACAGGGAUGAGCCGAUGUUGUCUAGCCCAGUUUUCUUGCUGUUGUGGCUCUGCAGCAUGCUCAUUGUGCUGCAGCUGCUGCCCGAAGCUCAAGCAGUCGACUGGAACACGUUUUAUGUAUGCACUUUUCUUCAUCUUGGUAACAGUCAUCUGCUGUGUAAUGAUGUCACCUACAGUAGCUAAAGAAGUGGAGACCCACAUUCCAUUCUACAAAGAUAUAUGCACGACCAUUCAUGCUGGGCCAAAAUGCGAAAAGUUAGUUGGUUACUCUGCAGUGUACAGGGUCUGUUUUGGCAUGGCCUGUUUCUUCUUUGUCUUUUGGUUGUUAACCAUCAAUGUGAAAACCAGCAAAAGCUGCCGGGCUUAUAUUCAUAAUGGGUUCUGGUUCUUCAAGUUUGCAGUUCUUUUUGCAAUGUGCUCUGGAGCAUUCUUUAUUCCAGAAAAAGCUCAGGAUAUAUUUCUACAAGUUUGGCAUUAUGUAGGAGCUGCAGGAGGAUUCCUUUUCUUAUUAAUUCAGUUGAUGCUGCUUGUUGAGUUUGCACAUAAAUGGAACAAAAACUGGAAUGCAGGUACAGCACAGAACAAACUAUGGUACGCAGCUCUGGCCUUCGUUACUCUCACCUUAUACUCGAUUGCUGUUGGUGCUCUAAUUUUACUGGCUGUAUUCUACACCGCACCAGAAGGCUGCACUCUCAAUAAAAUCCUGCUGGGUGUUAAUGGUGGUCUCUGCCUUCUUGUUUCUUUGGUUGCCAUCACUUCCCGUGUUCAAAAUCAGCAGCCAAACUCUGGCCUGUUGCAGUCUGGCAUUAUCAGCUGUUACGUCAUGUAUCUGACUUUCUCAUCUCUUGCAGGCAAGCCUGAAGAAAAAGGGCUAACAGGAAACACUACAAUAUGCGUUCCCUACUUUAAUCAAAGUCUAGAUAGUGAAAACAGGCUUGUCAUUGUUUUGGGCACUGUCCUCUUAUUUGCCUGCAUUCUUUAUUCCUGUUUAACAUCAACAACCCGAGCAAACUAUGCAGCCCUAAGGGUAGGAACUGUGGUGUCUCCUGAAACCGAAGUAGCCCGUUGCUGCUUUUGCUGCGAACCAGAUGAAAAUGGUACUGACAUGGAGGUACAUAAAGAAGCUAGAGGUGGACAGGAAGUUAUUUAUGAUGAGACUAGAGGAACUGUUUACAGCUAUGCCUUUUUUCACUUUGUAUUUUUUCUCGGAUCUCUGUAUGUCAUGAUGACAGUAACCAGCUGGUUUGAUUACCAUCAUGCAGAAAUUGAAAAACUAUUCCGUGGCAACUGGUCAGCAUUUUGGAUAAAGAUGGCAUCAUCUUGGGUUUGCAUCGGCCUCUAUUUGUGGACUCUACUUGCUCCCCUAUGUUGCCCUACUCGCUCAUUUUCUGUAUAAUGCUAUUUUCUAAAUCAGCAGGUGUAGUUUUCUUUUUGUGGCUGUUACAAGUUUCCUUUUUCCUCAGCAGAUCGUGAAGCAUCAUUCCAACUUAGUUUUGUACAAAAUGGGACCACCUUGCUGCCUUUUGAGUCUGUACUCUGACCAGUUAACUUGUUCAUAGCCUUUCAGGCUGAAGUUCCGGUUUUGUUUUAACUAUUGAGGAUAUGAAAGUUACUAAGUGUUGUAAUGCAGGAGAAGCAAAACUUUUUAGGAGCUUAUUCUCCUAAGUAUUUUUUUAGUGCAUUAUGUGACUUCAGUCCUGUAAAUCAACACAAGAUACAUGCAGAUUUUCCAUCUAUGCAGUAGAUGUAUGUAAUACAUUGUGAUUUACCACAGUGCAUCUUACAGGCUUUGGAGACUGUGGAUGUCUCAGACUAAAAAACAUCCAAUGCAUAAAGUGCAAAGAAGGCAUACAGCAUGAUGAGAACUUUGGUAGUAAUGUGAUAAUAAAUGCAUAGUUAUCAGUGUCAUAAAUGCUGUUAUAGCUGGAAAGUUGACUAAAAGGUACUGCCUGCCUACUUUUAUCAUAAUGCAUAGGCACUAUUUGAAGAAGUAUUUAAUAAGUUUAAUAUGUAAUUACAUAAUUGUAAAUUUCUCUCCAAAAUCACUACAGUAAAUCUUUUAUUUCA